CGCCGGGCACCUCCGGGCACCGGCACCGGUCCCCCCCCGCCGCCCGCUCCGCGCUCGCUGCCAGGGAGGGAUGGGGCGGGGAGGGGGAGGACGCGCUGGGCGCCAGGACGGACCUUUGCAUCCCCCCCGCACCUCGCCGCAGCCCCUCUGCUCCCCCUCGUAUCCCCCCCUCCGCUCCUUGCUUCUGCUGCAAAGGGAUGCGCUUGCCACGGCUGCCUGCUGGCGGGGUGCCUGCUUGAAAUAAAGGCUCCUCUUUUAGCUGGAGAGCCCCCCAUCUCCUUCCUCAAGCCCCUCAUCCCCUGCCCUGAGACCCUUAUCCCUUUCCCCAAAGCACCCCAUUCCCUGCCCUGAUCCCCAUCCGCUGUCCUGAGCCCUCCAUCCCUGAGCACCUGUUCCCUUUCCUGAGCCUCCCAUCCUCUGCCCCAAGCCCCUCAUCCCCUGCCCCAAGCCUCCCAUCCCCUUCCUUGAGACCCCCAUCCCCUGCCCUGAGCCCCUCAUCCCCUUCCCCAAGUCCCUCUUCCCCAGGCCCCCUCCAAUCUCCUUCCUGAAGCCCCUCAUCCCCUUCCCCCAGCCCCCUCCACCAUGAUUUUGCUGAGCUGCUUCUUGCACCUGCGGCCCCGGGGCUGCAGCCCCUUGGCAGGGCUGGGCAGGGGGCUCGGCCCCGCCGGGGGGUCCCGCAGGGCCCUGCGGGUGCUGGUGGACAUGGACGGGGUGCUGGCCGACUUUGAGGGAGGCUUCCUCAAGAAGUUCAGGGCCAGGUACCCCGACAAGCCCUACAUUGCCCUGGAGGACCGGAGGGGCUUCUGGGUGUCGGAGCAGUACGGGCGCCUGGGACCUGAGCUGAGUGAGAAAGCCAUCAGCAUCUGGGAAUCCAAGAACUUCUUCAUCGAGCUGGACCCGCUCCCUGGGGCUGUGGAAGCUGUGAAGGAAAUGGCAAAUUUGGCAGACACCGACGUGUUCAUCUGCACAAGCCCCAUCAAGAAGUACCGCUACUGUCCUUAUGAGAAGUAUGCCUGGGUGGAGAAGCACUUUGGCCCUGACUUUCUUGAGCAGAUCAUUCUGACACAGGAUAAGACAGUGGUUUCUGCUGACCUGCUUAUAGAUGACAGACCUGAUAUAACAGGGGCCGAGCUGAACCCCACCUGGGAACACGUGCUCUUCACUGCCUGCCACAACAAGCACCUGCAGCUGAAGCCCCCCAGCCGCCGGCUGCACUCCUGGUCUGAUGACUGGAAGGCCAUUCUGGACAGCAAACGCCUCCCACCCAGCCAGGCCACCUAAACACCCCCCUCCCACGGCCACCUGGGGCUGCAGCCAUCCCCUCGUGUCCCUGUGGAGUCCUGCUGAAGGCCGAAAGCACGGAUGGACAGACAGACAGAUGCUGUCCCUGCUGUGGAGAAGAGGAGGGUGAGCUGAAGCACCACAGCCACCUGGACCUGGAAAACAGACCCCAGCCCAGCUGUGCCACAAGAGACCAGCAGCAGGAUUGGCCCUGUGGACCUGACAGCCUGGCUGGGGGGCAUUUCCCACUGGCUCCUGGGGUCUCUGUGCUGCAUCUGCACCCCCCACGAGGCCAGCCUGGCAUUUCUGAUGGACAAGAUCCCCCCUCAGAGUGUCACUGCCCUUGUCUGGUGCACUGCAGGGCACAGACCAACUCUCUACCCUCCCCUCUGCGUUACAGUCGAGGAUCAUGUGGGUGGUUUGUUUUGUCCUCACAGGCUUUCAUCACAAGGGGCUGCCUCGGGGGGUGUUUCCCCUCCCAGUGCCUGGAUCUGCAGAGAGGGGUGGCUGGAAGGGCUGGGGGAGCAGGUGGAUGCUGCCCAGGCUCCCUGCACUGGCUCAGCUGGGCUGUUUCUGGCAGCUGAUGCAAUGGGAUGGCUAAGUGCUUCCCUGCUGGAAGAGUCCCUGCAGGGGGAUAUGGGGACAGCACCAUUCCUUCCACGGAUCAGGCUGUGCAGAGAGAGCCCUUGAGGCUCACACCUGAGAUGUAGCCAUCCUCCAGCUGGUGGAAGGGAUCCCCACUUGCCCUCAUCCCCAAGGAGCUGCCACAGCUUCGGAGCUGGGGCUUUAGAGCUGAUUUGGGAUGAAGAGUGGGGCUCUUCUCCCAGCUGCUCAUCGCCCAUGAAUCACUCACUCGGGGCAUUUCUGGGGCAGCAAACAUCCCAAAGCCUUUGGUGUGGAGCUGCCUGGGAAGAUGCCACUGGGGGGGAAGCUGGGCUGGUGGAGGAACUACAGCAUAGCUGAGAAGGGGGUGAAGUAGAGGCCCUGUGGGUGUCCAGAGGACAGCUUUGGGGUUGUGAUUGUGGAGGAUUGUCACAACCACUUCCAUGGAUGCUGUUUGCAGUUCUCACAUGCUGCAAGGGAAGGUGUUUGGGUGCAUGUUGCUGUUAAAGGCUGGGGAGCUGGUUUCAGCUGGGGUAGAGUUAAUUUUCUUCACAGAAAACAGUCCCAUAGCAGCCGCUGUGAAGAAAUUUAACUCUAUGCCAGCCAAAACCAGCACAGGAGCCCAUCAGUGGUGCCCAGCAGGCUGUGUCACAGGGUCAGUUUGUUCUGCAGCUCCACCACUGUCCCGACUCUGUAUGUCCAGGGUCAGAGCAUGUGCCAGCCACCACUGCCAGGUGUCUGUGCUGGGCCUGCUGAGCUCUGGGAACAGCCAACACUGCUGGCAAGCUGCAGGUGAGCACCAAAAAGGGAGUGUUUGGACCAAGAGGCAGCUCCAAGGUGGAUGCUUUUGGCAUAGCUGUGCCCACAUCCUCUUCCUCUCCUGUCUGGCUUGUUCCUGCCUCUCUGAGCCCACACCAGUCUGGCCUUGAACUGCAGCAACCUGUCUGGCACCAGAAGGCAGCCACUGCUGCUGUUCCUCUGCCCAGCCCCAAGAGAAGGGACAUCCCAGCAGCUGGGAGAGCCUGGCAUCCCCUCCCUGCCUACAGCACUGCCAUAGGGCAGCCACGGCCCAGCUGUCCCAAGUGGGAGCUGGCACUGGACUGCCCCAGGCAAAGCCCCAGGGAUGCACCAAGUGCAUCCCUGCUGACCCCACAGAGGCCAUCAGCCCUCAGUGCUGUGUGUCUCCAUGCUGUCUGGGAUCCCACCGUGUGCUCCUGGCCCAAGGACUUGCUGGCUGCAGGGGUAAAAUUCCCCCCUGGGACACAUAGCCCCACAGGCAGAGAUGGUAGCCAUGGCUUGGCUGGGAUUAGCCAUCCUGUUGCUCCUUGCCUCACACCUUUGGCUUGGCUCUCCCCUCUCCUUUUGGCUCUCCCCAAAAGGACAUGAGCUUAAAGCUACAUAACCAACAAAUAGCCCAAUUCAGCAGUGGCAGCCAGACCUCCCCAUCUGGGACCUGGAGAGGUUCUGGAAGUGGUGCUUUGGAACCUGUGCCUUCCCUGGCUGCUGCAGCAACAGGGACAGAGCCUACAUUGACUUGAGGCUUUCUGAAAGCAGUUCUUGGGGUGGGGGGAGCGCACAAAGUUGACAUGGUUGGCCCAAGGUAAUGGGAGUUACAUACCACAAGCAACUUUUUUUUU